UUGGCAUAUAUAGGUGUAUAUUGUAUACAUGGGUGCACUAUUAAAGGCUGAGGAUGAGUACUCCACAGAAUCUUCUGUCCAUUUGCGUAUCUUAGAACAAGUCCUUAUUGAUACAAGCUCUGCUAGAGAAUCCUUAGUUUGCAGCUAUAGAAAUAGUUUUAAUGGAUUUGCAGCUAAGCUCACAGAACAAGAGCAAGGAAAGCUAAGAGGCAUGAAAAAUGUAGUCUCUGUAUUUCCAAGUAGAACCCUUCAACUUGACACAACAAGAUCAUGGGAUUUCCUGGGUUUCCCAAGCACUGUAAGAAGAAUGCCCACCGUUGAGAGUGAUGUCAUUAUUGGCAUGAUUGACAGUGGAAUCUGGCCUGAAUCCGAGAGCUUCAGUGAUAAGGGGAUCGGUCGUCCCCCGAGCAAAUGGAAGGGUAUUUGUCAAAACAUCACCUGUAACAAUAAGAUUAUUGGGGCACGAUUUUACAAAGCCGACAAUAGCUACACAGCAGAGGAAGAGAAGUCCCCCCGUGAUAUUGAAGGACAUGGAACCCAUACUGCUUCUACAGUAGCAGGUGUUGAAGUUAAAAAUACAAGCCUUUUUGGCAUUGCUGAAGGGACUGUAAGAGGAGCUGUUCCCUCUGCAAGGAUCGCUGUCUAUAAAGUUUGUUGGAAGGAUGGUUGUGCUGAACAUGAUAUCCUGGCUGCAUUUGAUGAUGCAAUUAAAGAUGGUGUUGAUAUCUUAUCGGUUUCCCUUGGAGGUCCAGGUGCUAUAAGUUUCCUGAAAGAUUCUAUUGCAAUUGGAGCAUUCCAUGCAAUGGAGAAAGGGAUACUUACCUCUACAUCUGCUGGAAAUCUUGGACCAGACACAGCCACUAUCACAAAUCUUGCCCCAUGGAUGUUAACUGUAGCAGCAACCAACACAGAUCGUAGGAUCAUAAGCAAUGUCACAACAGGCAAUCGGAUUACCAUGGUGGGACACGCUAUCAACACUUUCCAAACUGAGAAAAAGGCAUCCCCAAUUAUAUAUGCAGGUGAUCAUGCUGCACAUAACUCUACCAGUGAAGAUGCAAGGGCAUGUAAUCCUGGCUCCUUGGACAAAGAUUUUGUGAAAGGGAAGAUUGUCUUCUGCGAUACAUUCUCUGAUGGUAGCGGGCCUGCCCUUGCAGAUGCUCAGGGAAUGGUGAUGGUAGAUGAUACUAUACUUGAUGAUACAGCCUUUUUGUUUCCUUUACCGGCAACAGCCAUUAGCAUUGCAGAUGGCAAAAAAUUAAAGCUCUAUUUGAAUGCUACCAGAAUGCCCAUGGCAAGGAUCUACAAAAGUCAAUCAAUUCAUGAUCCUAAAGCUCCACAUGUGGUUUUAUUCUCUUCUAGAGGACCCAACACACUUUCAUUUGAAAUCCUCAAGCCAGAUUUAAGUGCCCCAGGUGUAGACAUAUUAGCAGCAUGGUCUCCGAAAGCCUCAGUUUCAGCUUACACAGAUGACAAGCGCUCUGUAAAGUACAACAUUAUAUCUGGAACAUCAAUGUCUUGCCCUCAUGCAACUGGUGCUGCUGCCUAUGUCAAAACAUUUCAUCCUUCAUGGUCCCCUGCUGCAAUUAAAUCUGCUCUCAUGACGACAGCUUCUCCCAUAAAUCCCUCCUAUCACAAAGAGGCUGAAUUGGCAUAUGGUGCUGGUCAAAUUGAUCCACUAAAGGCUGUCAAUCCAGGUCUUGUGUAUGAUGCCUUGAAAGCAGACUAUGUACAAGGUUUAUGCAACUUGGGUUUCACUCCGGAGGCUAUUAGGGUCAUUGCUGGUGAGAAUGUUACUUGUGCCAAGGAAAAUGGAACAGACGCUCUUUUAAACUACCCUUCUUUGGGUGGUUUUGUUUUCGUCGGAACACCCAUCGAUAGAUAUUUUCCGAGGACGGUUACGAAUGUCGGCUUACCAAAUUCUACAUACAAGGUGACAGUUGGACCACAAACACUAGCAAAUGUUACUGUUAAUCCCAAUGUUCUAUCAUUUAAGUCAUUGAAUGAGAAGCAGCAAUUCACUGUACAUGUCAAGGGGGUGGGAAUUCCCAAAGAUACAAUCAUCUCUACAUGGUUGUUGUGGUCUGAUGGUAUACAUAAUGUAAGAACUCCCAUUGCCAUAUGGAGCUACUAG